AUGUCUGCUGCUUUCCAUGUCUUCCUUCUGUUCGCUGCUUUCGUUGGAAUGGCUGAAAUGUGCGGCAACUUGCACAGCACCGAGACUCCAGCUACUGUGGAUACUUCUUCACACAAACCCCCCGGUGAUCGUAAACGUCGUUCAGCGGGAGGAUCCACCAUCGUGCACAUUGAACUUCAAACAACUUUGACAUCUGCUGGUGAAGUGGAAUUCUCGAAAAUCGAGAACGAGCUCACCGAGGAGUACCAAAAACUUCUAGACAAAGCCCAUCGACAAGUGACCACUGGAUUCGAAGGAGCAAGUGUUCUCAAAUACAUGUUCACUGAUGCCGAUUGUGGAAUUGCUCAGCUCUUUGCCCAAUCUGCCAAAGACCUCAGUUCCUUCGUCACAGGAGCUACCAUUCGUUGCAACGGACAAACAUCCCACAUCUAA